GCAGGAGCGGAGGGAAGGAAGAGGAAGAAAAAGAGGAGGAGGAGGAAGAGGAAAAAGUAGGAAAUCUCUGCAACCCCUGGAGUCUCAUUCAGCACCACUCGCUGCUGGACAGCGUCUGAGCGGCGGAGUUGAUCGAGAAACAGGAGAUUUGUUUCCAGCCUCGCGUCCGGGAGUAACACCGCAUCUGCACAGGGCGCUUUCACCAAAGCCCCUCCACAAACACACACACACCUCACAACUCACUGGCAUCAUUUGACUUCACACAUCUGCCCGCUACUUCAUUCUUUUAUUUAUUUAUUUAUUCAUUUUUCUUUUUUUUUUUUUUAAAAGAGGAAGAUUUUUGAUCCGUGUGGCGGGUUUGGCGUUCAAAACAGGAGGAGGCGACUGGAGCCGGCGCUGCCAAAAGACAAAAAAACACAGAGACGCAGGAAAGAAGAAGAGGAAGAAGAAGAAAAAAAGCAAGAAGUUCGUUUUUAUCCACUUUGGGCGCUCACUCACAUCCGGAGAGGAUUUGGGAGGAGCUCUGCUGAAGAAUCCGGUGGGUCCACUUGUGACUUCCUGCCUGCAUCAAGAACCAACGGGAAGGAGAGCCGAACGCACCCGAGUGGUUCUGUAGAGGCAGGGAAGAGCGUCGAAACUUCACACCUUUGUUCCUGCCUUGAGAGAGCGCUCUCCGCGGACUCCUGUCUCACUGUUGCUGCGUGUAGCCACCACUCUCAGGUGCAGGAAGAGAGGGGAACACAAAGCAGAGAGAAGAAAGAGUGAGAGAUAAAGAGAGCAGGGCUGCAUAAUUAGUAUUACCCAGUUUUGCCGGCGAGCUAGAAACCAUGAGAAGAGGCUUCUGAAGACGGCCGCGCUCUGAAGAAAACACCGCAGCUUACCUCCAGGACAUUUUGUAUGUGUGUGUGUGGGUAUAUGUGUGCACACCCCUUUCAUUUCAUUCAAAGGACCUGAAUUUGUAUUUGGAUGCAGAUUUAGCCUUUCAUUAUGACUCUUCGAGGAGGCUUUGAGAGAGCCUGGACUGGCUGCCACGGAAGUGUCUGCUGCCGGGCGUUGCUGCUGACUUGUUAUUUCUUGAUCGCCCUGGCAGCCAAGCCCAAAAUGCCGGGCCACACUCACCUCAAUUCAAUACGCAUUGAUGGGGACAUAUCUCUGGGCGGGCUGUUCCCGGUGCACGCGAGGGGGAACGACGGCAAAGCCUGCGGAGAGCUGAAGAAGGAGAAGGGCAUCCACAGGCUGGAGGCCAUGUUAUUUGCCCUGGAUCGUAUCAAUAAUGACAACGAGCUGCUGCCUAAUAUCACCCUCGGGGCCCGUAUCCUGGACACCUGCUCCCGGGACACCCAUGCUCUGGAACAGUCGCUGACAUUUGUCCAGGCGCUGAUUGAGAAAGACUCAACCGAUGUCAAGUGUCUCAGCGGUGGGCCGCCCAUCAUCACUAAGCCAGAGCGAGUGGUGGGAGUGAUUGGUGCGUCUGCCAGCUCCGUGUCAAUCAUGGUAGCCAACAUAUUGCGUCUCUUCAAGAUCCCUCAGGUGAGCUACGCCUCCACGGCCCCCGAGCUCAGCGACAACACCCGCUACGACUUCUUCUCCCGCGUGGUGCCCCCGGACACCUACCAGGCACAGGCCAUGGUGGACAUUGUCAAAGCCAUGCGCUGGAACUACGUCUCCACCGUGGCUUCUGAGGGGAACUACGGGGAAAGUGGCGUUGAUGCGUUCAUUCAGAAGUCUCGGGAGGACGGUGGUCUGUGCAUCUCCCAGACAGUGAAAAUACCCCGUGAGCCAAAAUCUGGAGAGUUUGACAAGAUCAUCCGCCGGCUGAGCGAGAACCCUAACGCCCGGGUCGUCAUUAUCUUUGCCAACGAGGACGACAUCAGGCGGCUCCUUCAGGCAGCUAAGAAGGCCAAUCAAACAGGCCAUUUCAUCUGGGUGGGUUCAGACAGCUGGGGCUCCAAAAUCACCCCGAUACUGAACCAAGAGGAAAUGGCAGAAGGCGCCGUCACCAUCCUACCAAAACGACAGUCCAUCAAAGGUUUUGACCGCUACUUCAUCAGCCGGACAUUAGAGAACAACAGGCGGAAUAUUUGGUUUGCGGAGUUCUGGGAGAAUAACUUCCAGUGCAAGCUCAGUCGGCACGCAGUGAAGAAAGGAUCCGGCAUCAAAAAAUGCACAAAUCAUGAGCGGAUCGGGAAAGAUUCAUCCUACGAACAAGAGGGCAAGGUUCAGUUUGUGAUCGACGCCGUUUACGCCAUGGCUCACGCUCUACACAACAUGCACAAAGAUCUGUGCCCUGGAAAAGUCGGCCUCUGCUCCAAGAUGGACACCAUCAACGGCACACUGCUGCUCAAGUAUAUCCGCAAUGUCAACUUCACAGGAAUUGCUGGCACUCCGGUGAUCUUCAACGUGAACGGAGACGCGCCUGGCCGCUACGAAAUCUACCAAUACCAGAUCACGAACAACACCACAGAAUACAAGAUCAUCGGCCAUUGGACAGAUCAGCUCCACUUAGAUACCAAUGAGAUGCAGUGGCCUGGUGGAACACAAGAAGUCCCUUCUUCUAUAUGCAGCCAGCCCUGCCGUCCCGGGCAGCGCAAAAAGACCGUCAAGGGAAUCCCGUGUUGUUGGCACUGCGAGAACUGUGAUGGUUACCAGUAUCAGGCAGACACGUACACCUGCAAGAUGUGUCGCUUUGAUUUGCGGCCUAAUGAAAACCACACUGGCUGCGAUCCCAUUCCCAUUGUCAAGCUGGAGUGGAGCUCCCCGUGGGCAGUCAUCCCUGUCCUCAUUGCUGUCCUCGGCAUCAUGGCCACUCUGUUUGUUGUCGUCACCUUUGUACGCUAUAAUGAUACGCCCAUUGUUAAAGCAUCGGGCCGAGAACUGAGCUAUGUGCUGUUGACGGGUAUUUUCCUGUGCUAUGCGACUACAUUCCUCAUGAUCUCCACUCCCGAUGUGUUUGUAUGCUCCCUGCGAAGGAUUUUCCUUGGCCUGGGUAUGAGCAUAAGCUACGCAGCGCUGCUCACCAAGACGAAUCGGAUCUACAGGAUUUUUGAGCAGGGCAAGAUGUCGGUCAGUGCCCCUCGCUUCAUCUCCCCAGCCUCUCAGUUGGUCAUCACAUUCAGCCUGAUAUCCGUGCAGCUCCUUGGGGUGUGCAUCUGGUUUGGCGUUGACCCGUCACAAGCCAUCAUCGACUAUCAGGACCAGCGUACAGCCAAUCCUAAAAUGGCCCGUGGCGUUCUGAAAUGUGAUAUAUCAGACCUGUCCCUCAUCUGUCUGCUGGGUUAUAGCAUGCUGCUGAUGGUCACCUGCACAGUUUACGCCAUCAAGACCAGAGGGGUUCCGGAGACGUUCAACGAGGCCAAGCCCAUCGGCUUCACCAUGUACACAACCUGCAUUGUGUGGCUCGCCUUCAUUCCCAUCUUCUUUGGGACUUCACAAUCAGCAGAAAAGAUGUACAUCCAGACCACAACCCUGACCAUCUCUGUAAGCCUCAGUGCGUCGGUCUCUCUGGGAAUGCUCUACAUGCCUAAGGUCUACGUCGUUCUCGUCCACCCAGAGCAGAACGUACCCAAGCGCAAGCGCAGCCUGAAGGCUGUGGUCACCGCAGCCACCAUGUCCAACAAGUUCAACCCGAAAGGUGGCCUGAGGCCCAACGGAGAGGCCAAGUCCGAACUCUGUGAGAGUCUUGAAACACAAGUGUUGGCAUCCAAGCAGACAUACAUAAGCUACAGUAACCAUGCCAUCUAAGCCGGAGACGAACGUUGGAAGAGGAGCAAGGGGCCUGCCAGAGGAGAAAUCACCUGAUUCUGGGGGAAAUACUUGGGGAAUGCUGAAGGACUGCUACAGCAGAAAGGACUCGGGUGGAAAGAUGGGAAUUUGUCACUCGGUAAACAGAGAGGAUGUCAUAUUUUUCUAGAGAAUCAGGUAAAGGCUUGAACGCCAAAUUUAUGAGAAAAUUAGUAGAAUUUGCAGGAAGGAGAUGGGAGACGUAAGGGAGAUUGGACAGUUGAUUUUCCUCUUCCCACCCUUUCUGAGACACAGGUGAGAGUUGAGCAGUGACAUUUUUCCAGACGCAGGCCGAGUGAACCACCUGGAACCCACAGUAUGUUUUUCCUUCUGAAGUGUAUAGCACACAAUUUGAGUCCAGCUCCGAGGCCGAAUCGUUUCAACAAAGACGAGGGGGGGGGUAAAAAAAAAAAAAAAAGGGUUCUGUUGUUUUUUUGCUCGAGUCAAAUGCAGUCGACAAGAUCAAACAGUAUAAAAGUAUAGUCAUUAUUUUUGGUUACUGUUAUUAUUGAGGUUUAAAGCUGCGGUACGCUUCAAACUGUACAUGCCUUACUACAGAACAUUCAGUAUCCUACAUAUCUGAAACUCCAGAAAACGAAGCAGUGGGUCAUCCCAGGUUUCUUUUCAUUUUUUAUUUCAUUUGUUUAGUUUUUUUUAUAUAAAUGUUUCAUAAUGAUGCCGACGCCAUCAUCUUAGGCAAAAACCUAAUGUACAGUCCCAGAGCAUGCUUGUGGGAGCAUCACGUGUGCUGUGCUGUGUUGUCAACGUCUAUGGAAUGCAACAUUUGUCAUGGUUGUCAUUCACGGUGAAGAAGACAUCUCGGAUCAUUACCCACUGGGUUUACCCUCUGCUGAAUCAAGAGUGAUCUCAGACAUUAAGGGGAGCAAAAAACAAAAUAAAAUAAAAUGAAAAAAAAAAAAAACAAAUAGCCAUGAGGAAUAAUUUAUGGUUUACACCUCACUCCAUCAACGCCAGACAGGACUCAGAGACGCGUCGACGCAUACUUUAAACAUCUCAGACUUUAUUGGCCCUUAUUUAUCAUGCGCUUGUUAAAGCCUUCUGAAUUCAAGCCGCCAGUUGAUUGUAAGAGAUAAAAAUUCCAUCCGAGCCAACAUUAAAAAAGUUACGAUUCUUGAUGUAUUAGCGACACACUUGCAUUAGGAAUUUCCUCCAGUGAAUCACACUACAUGAUCUUGUUUCCAUAUUACCCUGUGCUUUCUAUAUUUUUGUGUAUUUGUAUGUUUCAAGAUAAAGAAUUUUGAAAUAUUAUAAUUUCAUAAAGUGGAGUAAAAGUAUUCUGUCCAUAAAUGCUGGAUUUUUUUUAAAGGGAUAAUUCAACAGAUCAGUGUGCUGACACAUCAGAUAUAUUUAAUUUUAAAGCUUGAUGGGAUGGUAUGAUAGAUGUGCAUAAGGCAGUAUUACUACAUAGGGAAUCUCCUGUGGUUUGUGAUAGAUGAAUAGGUAAUCUGCAGUUUCCUGCCAGGAUUUUUUUCGCCACUUUGGGGUCAUGAAUUUUGAAGCUACGGCGGAAAUGAUUAAUGAGAGUUUUAAAAGUAAUUUGGGUGCAAAAUUAGGCUCGUGUAGCUGCUCGGCUUGAGGUCCCGUUUGGAGAGGGGUGCAAAUGCUCAGUUUUAUCAAACAGCCAAAGUGUUUAAAGAUAAUUAGGGCACUGACAUGCAUCACAUUCACCAAGGAGUGUUUAACUUUAAACAGGCUCGAUAUCAUCCUUUAGGGCGAACGCUAUAGAAUCGUUACGCUCCAUUUAAAUGUUGUCCGCAAUUAUUGGGCAGAGUAUUUGUCAAAUCGGUAAUUAUCAGAUUUAGAUAUGCAAGGCGGACUUUGUCAUGGUAAACCUCCGUCAACUGACAGGAAUGCUUUAUUAUUGAGUUCAAUAUUAAAUUCUCUAGACUCCGUUAGCAUCUAGCGACUCUGAGAGCAGAGCUAACAGGGCCAGUGGACUUUAGACGUGUGUUUGUAAGGUGGUGAGAAGCAUGACACCAACAGGUAACCUGUGUUCUUCUGUGUAUGAGAAAUGUGCUUGAGUACGUAGUCAUUUGCAAAUGUGUGAACAAGCCUGUCUUGUCUCAGGUUUGUAGAAGUGUGGGUGUUUUUAGAUUGAGAUAGAUCUUGAAGGCUGUUCACGGUCUCCUUUCAGAAAAAAAAAAAAAACUUAAUCGACUUACUUCUGUUUCCUAAAUUGAUCAUGGCUGUGCGGAUUGGACGAAUUACUUUACACGACUCUUCCUUGGGCAACAAGUGGUAACCUAAGUUAUAGCUAACAGUGCGGCGGAAGUGCAGCUUGUGCCAAAAGAGAACUAUCUUUGAUGCAGUAUUGUAUUUUAAAUGAUGCAAAUGGAGCAAUCCAUUGGCUGCUUUAAGUCUUGCUACAGUCUACAGGGCAUAUCAGAUUUAGAAAAAAAAUAUAUACAUAUAUAUUUGUGUUGUGUAUUGUGAUUGCAAGUGAAUGGAUCGCACUAGUUUUUGGCCUGAUCGUCUGAGUAUACAGUGUGUUGGUCCUGGGGUCUGUCUGCCCCUUAGUGAUCAAAAUAUGCUUUAGAUUCCCUUCCUCUGUCCAACAACACAGCAACAGAUUACCACAGUAUAUUGACAAUCUCUCAUUUUCUUAUCAAAAAGGGGGCGCGUACAGGUGCUUGAUAAAUAAGGGCCGGUGCCUUCAUUCUGUGCCUCAUAUCCAUCAAACUGCUCCUGCCAUUCUUUCCAUGGAUUCUUCAUGGUGUUAUUUGUGUUGCAUCCAUUCUGUUCCACAUAAUGAAGAGAGAAGACUCGGUGUACAAUUUAUAAUUAAAUGUAUAAACUCCAUUUCUGUCUGCAGUCUCUAAAGUAUUUGUCAUAAAACAGUAACUCUGGAAUUUGUCUCAUUAGAUGUUAUCCUCAGCAAUGCAAAAAUAUUGUAUGUUGCAUGUCAAAACUCAUAACAAAAAUCAUGUGAACAAUUUGAGGGAAAGGCAUAACGUCCAGAAGGAAAACUACUGCAGAGGAUUAUAAAUAACUAAUAUUUUUUGGUUGAAUCUAUGAUUCUCUCAGCGCUCAGCUUCAACAAAAGUCUAGGGUGUUGCUGCAAACGUUGUUUUCUCAUCAUUUGAUAGUAUUGUUUGUGGGAUUGUUUGUGUUUUCGUGAAUAUGAUGAUUUACUGCUUAUUUUUGCCACAAACCCCCCUUUUUAUUUUUCUAAAAACACUUUGUCUGUGUUACAAAAAUAGAAAUAAGUAAGUGCUGACUGAAAUUAAAUGGCAAGUUAAUGUACGUUAUUAAAAUUGAUUGAACAUGUCUGCUUUAUGUACUGAAUUAUUUAAAAAAAAAAAAGAAGAAAGUUUAAAAAAAGAAUUACAGUGCCUGGAUAUUUAUGAAUUAUCAAAAAAAAAAAUAAGAAAAAUGUGUAGAGCAUGUUCAUUUUUAUACAAGA